AUGGAGUCCAUUCCAGUGCGUGAAGCGGUCUGGAGAUCGAUUUGUACAAAGCCGCAAAUUUGGCAAUGCGAAGAAUUUUUGACUUCCGAAGAAUGUGCAGCGAUUCGGCGUUUGGCGAAGGCCAGUUUGCCUGCCAAGUGCUUCUCAAAGUUUCGCAUUGAUUUGGACACAGAUCCUGAAGGUGCCUUGGCCUCAGCCCAGCCAAAGGAUGCUGCAGUGUUGCGGGCCGUGGAUCGGCGCACCUGGGCCUUGUCUGGUGCACCACAUGAAGGAGAGAUGCCUUGGGCUGUUCACUUUACUCCGUCUGAAAUGAGGACAGAGUCAGAUCAGCCUCGAAUUAACUUGGGCCUUCACGUUGACACCAACAAUGGCAGAGAACGUCGACACCUGACGUUUCUGAUCUAUUUGAACACCAUUCCACCCAGUGAGGGUGGCCACACGAUCUUCCCUUUGGCGGAGCUUCCUGGCGAGGCAGCAGACCAGUCGUUUUCCGAGGCACGGCCGCUGGGAGAGAUGUUGCUCCAGGCGACGGUGCAACACACCGGGCAGGCAUGGAGCCGCGACACGCUCGAGGUGCAGGAGGCCGCAGCCGCUUUGCUAGCCUGUGCUGAGCGCCUGGCCGCCGCAGCGGCAUGCCCCGACGCCCAAACGGCCCCGACACGUUUGGGUUUGGCGGUGGCAGCCAAGGAGGGGCGCUGCGUGGCCUUUUGGUCAAGAGAUUCACAUGGCCACCUUGAUGCCGCUGCAUGGCAUGGCGGUGCAGCGGUGACAGCAGUGGAUGGGAAGUGGACGCUGCAGAAGUUCCGCGAGGCGCCCAUGUCGGCCUUGAAGGGCUGCUGCAUCGAGACUUUCGCCUCCACGCACCAGCAUCUUCGACUUCCGUGCUUUGCGGGUGGAGUGCGCUUUGUGGAUGAGGAAGAUGCAGAUGUGCCAGCAGAGCAGAUGCAAGAAGCAAGCACACAUGAGCUCAGCGGACAAAAGACAUUUGUGCGACUUGUGCGAAGUGCUUAUCUUACCAAAGCGCAUGGGUGCUUUGUGGUUCUGGGUACCGAUAAAUUCUUGCUAGAGUGGAAUGAUGACUUGAUCGAUGAGGAAGAAUACGCUCUGAUUAAGAACCUCAAGGAGACGAAGCAGCAGUACCGAGACGCCUUCGAACGGCACAGCCGGGUCAAGAUGGAUGUGAUCCAGAUUGAGCACGUGAUGCAGCAGUGCAAAGGUCGAUUAGUCCAGGGCUUCGAGGAGUACUACGAACAUAAGUUUGGUCAUUUGGUCAAGCAGGAGGCGCCAGAAGACGAAGGAGAGCGCUAUGACCCUCAGGAGAUGUUCGACUUGGCAGAGGCUGACCGCUUGGAGACGCAACACCCAGAUGCCAUGGCGUGCGCCAAGCCCGACUUUUCUGAUGACCAGGGAGUCAUCAGGUGA